UCUUUUGUGUUAUUUUCUAAGCUUUGGACAAUAGAAUUCGCAAUACCUAAUUUAAUGGAUAUUAUAUAAAGGUUCCUUAAUUUUCUUUGAUUAUCUUUAUAAUGGCAACAGACCAAGAUGAAAUCUCAGAAGAAAAGCAAGAGAGCAUCCUUAAAGAGCUGUGCAUUUCAAAUGGGAUCCAGUAUUCCCAGUUGGAAGGAAAUGGGCCUAAUGUCAAAGAAUUGGAGAUGUUUUUCUCUGGUUACCCAUACAUGGUUGGUUUGCAACAUUUCGUUCAUCUCACGACGCUUGUGAUCGUCGGCCAGUCAAUCAAACUAAUCCAGAAUCUCCAUCAUUGCCCAGAACUUAGGGAAUUGUGGGCAUGUGAAUGUGAACUCACUAAAAUCCAAGGCUUGGAGAAAGUAAAGCGAUUAAGCAAGUUGAUGUUGUACGGAAAUAAACUGCACAAGAUUGAGAAUAUAUCUCAUCUGCAUAACCUGGAUGUAUUGAAUCUAUCAAGGAAUAAAAUACAAGAGAUUGAGGGUAUAGACAACUUGAAAUGGUUGAAAGAAUUAAACCUGGCAGGGAAUUCUAUCCCACUUAUUGGUACUUCCCUACAAUACCUUCACCAACUUCAAAUCUUGAAUCUUUCCGGCAACAAACUUUCAUCUUUUAAAGAUCUUACCAACCUUACCAAGCUGCCUAAACUUAAUGAUCUCAGUCUUAAGGAUUCCCUUUACCCCAACAACCCUGUAUGUCUUCUAUGUAAUUAUUCCACCCAUGUAUUAUAUCAUUUACCUAACCUUGAAAGAUUGGAUACAUAUGAUGUUUCCGCCGCUCAAAUGAGGGAACUUGCUGAGGUCACCGUUAUGAAAAAGAAGAUGUAUUACAACAUGCGCGUUAAAACUGUGCGUAGAAACCUGACUACUUUGUUGAAUCGUUUACAGAAAGAAAAACGAUUGUUGUUGCAAAUACCUGAAGAAAGGUUGCGUGCGUUUAACUUUGCUCUUAAAUCGAUUGAACAACAACAACAAAACGAUGAAACUGAAGAUUCAAGUUCAGAUUCUUCAUCACCAAGUCCUGAGAUACAGAGCGAGGCUAAAGUUGAAUUAGCUGCAGGUGAAGCGGCUCCACCUAGUGAUGGGAAAGACACGGAGGUUGAACCAAACAAAGCUGAUCAAUUCAACAACAAGUUGUCUUCACUGCAAGCCAGGAUUGAGGCAUGGAAGAAAAGAACCCAGGAAAUGGAGACUUACCACAAGCAAUCAGUUGAUCUCCUUCAUCAUUUAUCGGACACUUCAUUCAGGAGGUUAACCAUUGAGUUAGAGACAGGAGGAAAUGUAAGGUUUGAACAAGGAGCUGCAUCUGAUGUUUGGUACACCACGUGCCAUGACCUUGUCUUGUCAAGGUUCUGUGCGUGGGAUUAUAGAGCCUACGGUGUAACCGGCAUCAAAAUGCAUGGAAUCACCCGUGUUAAUAACAGAGUAUUAAGAGCAAGGUUUGAUGAUAAAGUUCAUUCUAUUGCUGCUGAGGAAAAUGGGACUGUACCCAAAAACUACAAGAAACUUGUUGAUUAUUUGUUCUUUGUGUGGAAUCCUAAACGACCGAGUUCGAAACAAUUGUUUAACAGAAUAUUGGAGGAAGGGUUUGGGUGCGUGUUGAACAGUGGGCCCUCAAAAGAAGCCAUUCCGCUUUCUAACAGUUUGUUUAUUUGUGAGAAACCUCGUCUUGAACAUUUGAUUGACAGCUGUAAAGGUCAAGAGUUCGCCGACCCUUUCCCAUUCAGACACGGCCAAGUCAUUGUAUCUAAGGUUUACCUUGGUAAGAGCGCACCUGCCCAAGGUAAUGCAAAAAUCACAUCAGAUCGUUAUUAUAAGAUCAACAGCGUGUAUAAACCUCGCAAGGAAGGAGAGAAAGAGGUUUCACCAAUUAAAGAUGAUUGUGAAUGCAGUACACGACAAUGCGAGUGGUUCGUAUUUGACCCCGACCUCGUGUUGCCCGAGUAUAUCAUUAACUUUGAAUAUUUUGGAAAGAAGCCCGUCUCCCCGUUCCAGUUCCGCGUUGGUGAUUGGUUAAACACGGGGGUUGUGGGGUCAACUACCAUGGUCUCCACAUCCCCACCAAGUGACCACACAAGUUUAUUUUCAUCGGAAGAAACGAAAGAUUCGGAAUCGAUGUCACUUCCCCCACAAGUCCGACUACGACCGCGACUCGUCUCGCUUUCAGAGGAAUUGCUUCUCAAACUUGGAAGAACGAUGUCCCUAACACAGAUAACGAUAUUGAAUCUCCACGGCAACGGGCUCGGCCGAUUAAAAGGAAUCAACUCCCUGUCUCAACUGAGACAUCUAGUGGUCAGUUUUAACGAGCUUACGAGAUUGGAAGACGUAGCUCACAUGAGCCACCUAGAGGUCAUUGAUGCGAGCUUCAAUAAAAUCAAUUCCUUGGAAGGAAUGAGGGGGAUGACAAAACUACGAGAAUUAAACUUAAGUUGGAACCAGCUAACGAGUUUAAGGGAUGACUUGACUGUGUUACGCAAACAUUCAACUUCGUUAAACACACUGGACCUCAGAAAUAACCCAUGGAUUAAGGCGGAGUUUUUCUUCCUCCGCGUGAUUGGUCGGUUAAAAUCGUUGACUUUGUUGAACGGAACGCAAGUCACGGAGAGCGACGCUGCUGCUGCUUUGAGACUAGUGGCUGGGACACGGAUAUCACAGACAACACUUGGUGCUCAUUCACGCACCGACUCCGAUAUUCCCAACAGUCUAAGCCUUCAAUCUCAAGCACAAAUAUUAACCCAACUUAGCAAGAAUAAACCUGACAUGAAGGACCCUGGGUGGAUGGCUAAGGUCACUGUUUUAAACCUUGAUGGUCAAUUUAUUGGCAAGCUUGUUGGCCUUGAAAGGUUGGAGAAUCUUUGCUGGGCUUCAUUUGAUCGGAACUGUGUGACAAAGUUGGAGGGAAUUGAAUGUUGUACCAAACUUGAGGAGUUGUCACUGCAGGAUAACUGUAUUUAUAAGUUAGAUGGUUUAUCAAAGUUAACGAAGCUACGACAUCUAGACCUCACAAGCAACUAUUUAUCUUCGGUGGAAAAUGUUGGGUUCGAGAAACUUUCAUCCUUGCUUUUCCUUUCAUUGGAAAACAACAGGUUGACUUCAUUCAAAGGUUUGUCGGGCGCUGGUUCACUGGUGGAACUUUAUAUCGGAAACAAUAGAGUUUCAAAUAUUAGAGAAGUCUUUCAGCUAAAAACCCUCCCAUCCCUUGUUAUCCUUGACUUAUAUGGCAACCCUGUAGCGCAAUCCGACAACUACAGGCUGUUUAUCAUCUACCAUCUGCAAGCAUUGAAAGCUUUGGACGGGAACGCCAUCGAGAACUCAGAGGAAGGGAACGCUAAGGAUGCUUUUGGGGGGAGGCUCACAAACGAUUUUGUUGCUGAAAGAAUCGGGCACGCAAACUUUCAAGACAUUCGAGAGAUUGAUUUCCCAAAUUGUUCGGUUCGAACGGUUGAUAUCGGGAGUGGGGAGUUGUUUAAGAAUCUUAGAAGUGUGAACCUUGAGCACAAUAGUUUAACUUCAUUCAGUGGUUUGAUCCAUUUACGUCAUGUUCGUGUGUUGUGUUUGAAUCACAACCAUAUCGAGUCUGUUCUUCCAAGACCAAGAAACCAUAAGCAGCAACAGAUUCGUUCCCAAUACGCGGUAAGCCACCAAGUAGGGGUUGAAGUGAUGGCACAAGAAACGCUCACGCCCGUCAUGGAAAGUUUAGAAGUGUUGCACAUCGGGUAUAACCGGAUAAAUAACAUGGCAGCACUGCAGUUGGGGAGGCUCGUCAACCUGAAGGCUCUGUUUGUGCAAGGUAAUGAGAUAUCAAGGAUAGAAGGUUUGGAAGGCUUGCAUGAACUGAGGGAACUUGUGUUGGAUCGGAACAAAGUAAAAGCUAUCAAUGAAAACUCGUUUGUUAGUCAGUGGAAUUUACUGGAACUUCAUGUGGAAGAAAACAGGUUGAGGGAUUUAAGUAAUUUACAUCAUCUGGAAAAUCUACAAAGAUUUUACCUCGGAAUGAAUAGAAUACAGGAUAUGAUGGAAUUAGAGAAACUUGAAACGCUCCCCAACCUCCUCGAGGUAUCGGUGAUUGGUAACGCUGUAUCACGCAGGUUGUUGCAUCGCCCGAUGUUGGUGUUUCAACAACCUAACUUACAAACCAUUGAUGGGAUACCUGUAACUCCUGAAGAAAGAACCAAAGCUGAGUUAUAUUUCAUGGAUCAAAAGCCUGUAGUCGCUGAAUCCAUCUUACCCGGAAUCACCCCGCACAACAGAGCUGGCCCCAUUAAAGUGACGCAUAUGUCCAUCGGUAAUGAAAGACAUGCUGUGCCUUACGCCCCCGGUCAUGAUGAUGAUGGUUAUACAAGAGGCAAACGAAACCAAGGUCGUGACAAAUCCACCCACCAUUCAAUGACGCAUGGUGCGUUGUAUAACCAGCUUGCUGGCAUCAAGUACAACCAACAACAACAAAGCAUUACUAGACCAUACGGGCAACAACAGUCACCUAAUAAUAGAAACGUUGGAAGCGCAAAUCGAUACAGAUGAGGUUUAUGACAUCACUAAUACUACUGUGACAUCAUCAUUUCAACUGUGACAUCACUUUCUUCACAAUGACAUUAUCAAGUAUGACAUCACACACACGAUUGUCGUCAACAAAGCACGAAUUUCGUUUUUAUCUAAAAUAGAAA